AUGCCGGCAAGUUUUCAGUUUUUUAAAUUUAUAGCAUAUCAUUCGAAGUUUACUGAUGUUACAGUAGUUGUUGGAAACAUGGCAGUUCUUCCAAUCCGAUCAAGUAUCAAAGGACCCGCUCCACGAAUUGACGAUGGUGAAGAUAUAAUUGAUGAAGCUCUCGCUUAUUUUAAACCGAACAUUUUCUUCCGGGAAUUCGAAAUUAAAAGUCCUGCCGAUCGAACACUCAUCUACCUGACAUUGUACAUUUCGGAAUGUCUAAGGAAGCUACAAAAGAGUUCAAAUAAAUCUCAAGCAGUAAAAGAUUUGUCAGCUUUGGCACUGAGCCAUCAUCUUCCUAUACCCGGAGAGGCAUCUUUUCCACUGAAUAGUAUGUAUAAGGCUCCAGCAAAUCGAAGUGAAGAAGAUGUUAUGCGUUCAUAUCUCCUACAGUUGAGACAGGAAUUAGGGACACGCUUGUUAGAACAUGUUUUUGGAGCGAAUAGUGAAAAGCCAAAUAAAUGGUGGAUGUGUUUUGCUCGAAGACGUUUUAUGGAUAAGGGCUUGGUUAGUCCCGGUAUUGUUUUGUAG